CCCAAAAAUCAACAGGUGGCUAAGCUUUUUAGGGUUUUCGUCGUCACUGGGAAAAGAGAGGACGAGAGAUCCUCCACUAAUUUCAAAAAAAAAAAAAAGCUAAUCUUCUUUAUUCGUUUUAGCGAAUCGAUUCGUUUUCUGGGUUCAAGUAUCAAAUUCUUCUGUGGUUUCGUUUCUUGAUUUGUGGUUUCUCUCUUUUUGGAAAAUUUUGAAACGAUGGGAAGAGGCAAGUUCAAGGGUAAACCUACCGGCCAACGCCGAUUCUCCAGUGCUGCUGAUAUUCUUGCUGGUACUUCUGCUGCACGUCCUCGAUCAUUCAAACAGAAAGAAGCUGAAUACGAAGAAGAUGUUGAAAACGAGUCAGAAGAGGAAUCUGAAGAAGAGUCCGAAGAUGAUGCUGAUGUGAAGAAGAAAGGAACUGAAGCGGUAAUUGAGGUUGAUAACCCUAACAGAGUAAGACCAAAGACCUUAAAAGCAAGAGACCUCGAUGCUAGUAAAACCACUGAACUCUCAAGGCGUGAAAGAGAAGAGCUUGAGAAGCAGCGAGCUCAUGAGCGAUACAUGAGGCUGCAAGAGCAAGGCAAGACCGAUCAAGCAAGGAAGGACUUGGAUCGUUUGGCUCUGAUUCGCCAACAGAGAGAAGAAGCUGCCAAGAAGCGAGAAGAGGAAAAAGCCGCAAGAGACGCUAAGAAAGUCGAAGGGCGCAAAUGAGAGUUGUAAUCACUCAAAGAUCUACCUACUAUGCCAUUAAGUUGUGUUGUUUUUACAUUUUCUUCCGUUGAUAAAAAGAUAAUGUCUCUGUUAUUCUACUAAGGAUUCUUGUUAUCUCUCGAUCUUUCAAUACAUUUGUUAAGUUUGGUUUUAAAAGGGAAUGCCCAGCCCUAGCCAUUAUUAAAUGAGUAAGGAUUUGGAUGUAGU